CCUUGAUAGAACUUUGUGACGUGCCCUCUUUGUCGACCACCACGGAGAGGAGGGGAGAAUAUGAUCCACAAAGUCAGCCCACCGGCAUUCUACGCAAUCUGUACCGGUCUGUUCUUCACAUCACUCUUUGUUAUUAGUUGCAUCCUGCCUCUUCUGCGUCGCGGUCUUGGACUCCUACUCUUACAGAUCCGGAAGCUCGUCUUUCAUCGAUUCACCAUCGGUCGUCAUUCUCACAUAGGGCCGUGGACGGUGUGGUUCACCCUGACGCACGUGGUGUACGUCGCAAGCAACGUCGCAGGCCUCUGCGUUGGGGCCCAGUCGACAAGCUUAUAUAUGUCGCGAGCAGGACAGCUCGCUCUCGUGAAUGCGGCGCCACUGCUUCUUUCCAUGCACCUGAGCUUCUUGGCUGACCUUUUCGGCCUUCGACUGAGGACGUUUUUGCUUGUACAUCGGGCCUGCGGUCUCAUGACCACAGCGCAUGUCGUUUUGCAUAGCAUUGUUGUCGUAGCGCGCGGCGUCUCCAUGGAAAGGAGCAACUCGGUUGAUGUGUAUCCCGUAACAGCCGCCGGUCUUCUGCUCCUGUCAACAUUGAUCGGUCCUAUCCUGCGCCGGCGGUACUACGAGCUUUUCGUACGGCUGCACCAAGCACUGGCUGGCGGCGUGGCGGCGGGUACGGUCAUGCACUUACGGGCGGUAGCAUGGUCUCGGUGGCCGUUCAUGUAUGCGUAUGGGGGCCUCGUCAGUGCGCUCACGUUAUUUCAACUGGGACGCACCAUCCUCUACAACAAGCAGCUAGGGCUACCACUGCCGCGUAUCGACGUCACGAGCAGUCACGGCACCGUGAAGGCAACGAUCACGGUGUCCAGGCCGCUGGUUAUCGACGCGGGCCAGUACGUCAAUAUCUGGGUUCCUUCAGUAUCCCUGUUCUCGAGCCACCCAUUCACCAUCACAUCCUGGUCGCCAUACCCAGUCCGGCGGUUCGAGCUGUUCAUCCAGCGGCGGCAAGGGUUCACUAGCCGCCUCCACGACCGGGCCGAGCUACACAGAGACAUAUCCGUCCAGUCGAGGAUGCUGUUCAGUGGCCCUCACGGCUCAAGCCUGCGGGUCUGGGACUUUGAACAUGUUCUCUUCUUCGUGCAGGAUUUUGGCAUUGCGGCCGCUCUUCCACACCUCCAAAAGCUCAUACAUGGACGAGCGCGGGGCCAGCGCAAGACAAGGCGCGUUCACGUACUAUGGCAUGUUAACAAUAUUGACGCACGGCAGGCUGUCACGCCGACCAUCAAUGAUCUAUUCCACGCAGACGGCGCAGGAGAAAGCUAUAUCUUCCACGUGUCUGUUUACAACGGUAUUGAAAUGGAAACAGAGACCUCGAGCCACGGACGCUUCACGAUCCACCCAGGGGUGCCUAACGUCUGGGAGAUCCUCAGCGCGGAAGCGAAUUUAAGAGAACAGCAGGUGACAGAGGGCCGGACGACCACCGACGCGGUGCAAGAAAGCUCGGCGCUAGACACAUCCCGAACCGGUAUGAGGAAUCAUGGCACAGGUGACAACGAGCGGACCCUGGUAGUUGUCUCGGCCAAGGGAGCGUUGCGUGACGAGGUCCGCCUCUCUCUCCGCGGAUUCCUUUCAAGGGGGUUCGAGUUACAAGAUCUUGAUUUUCAGCCUGUUUGACGCUGUGGGGGGGCUAUCACGCAGAUUUAUGUAGGAUUCGCACAGCUUCAUACGGCAUGAAUAUAGACGCUACCAAGUCGCGCCUUCCAUGUAGCAUGCCGUAGCA